UUUUAACACACAAAUUAAAUCCAAAAAAAAACAUGUCUUCAACCUUCUGCAUAGUUUUACUCGUUGUUCUAUCCUUCGGCAGUGUACUGUCGGAGCUAUGCAACCCACAAGACAAGCAAGCCCUUCUCCAAAUCAAGAAAGACCUUGGCAACCCCAUCACUCUCUCCUCAUGGCUUCCAACCACCGACUGUUGCAACAGAACCUGGCAAGGUGUUUCGUGCGACACCGACACCCAAACAUACCGCGUCAACAACCUCGACCUCUCCGACCUUAACCUCCCAAAACCCUAUCCCGUCCCUUCCUCCCUCGCCAACCUCCCUUUCCUCAAUUUUCUCUACAUUGGCCGCACCGACAACCUCGUCGGUCCAAUCCCCACUGCCAUCGCUAAACUCACCCAACUCCGUUAUCUCUAUAUCACCCACACCAAUGUCUCCGGCACAAUACCCGAUUUCUUGUCACAAAUCAAAACCCUCGUCACCCUCGACUUCUCCUACAACGCCCUCUCCGGCACCCUCCCUCCGUCCAUCUCUUCUCUCCCCAACCUCGUCGGGAUCACCUUCGACGGCAACAGAAUCUCCGGAGCCAUCCCCGACUCCUACGGCUCUUUUUCGAAGCUGUUCACGUCGAUGACCAUCUCCCGCAACCGCCUCACCGGGAAGAUUCCAGCGACUUUUGCGAAUCUGAACCUGGCGUUCGUUGACUUGUCUCGGAACAUGCUGGAGGGUGACGCGUCGGUGUUGUUCGGGUCGGAUAAGAACACGCAGAAGAUACAUCUGGCGAAGAACUCUCUUGCUUUUGAUCUGGGGAAGGUAGGGUUGUCAGAGAACUUGAACGGGUUGGAUCUGAGGAACAACCGUAUCUAUGGGACGCUACCUGAGGGACUCACGCAGCUUAAGUUUCUGCAUAGUUUGAAUGUGAGCUUCAAUAAUCUGUGUGGUGAGAUUCCUCAAGGUGGGAACUUGCAAAGAUUUGACGUGUCUUCGUACGCUAACAACAAAUGCUUGUGUGGCUCUCCUCUUCCUGCUUGCACCACACCAAUCGAAAUCUCUGCGAACAUGGCACGCUUAAGCAUCACCGUACUCAUCAUGGUCCUAUUCUGCAGAACUGCACUCUCGGAAUUAUGCAACCCACAAGACAAGCAAGCCCUUCUCCAGAUCAAGAAAGAGCUUGGCAACCCAACCACCCUCUCCUCCUGGCUCCCAAACACCGACUGCUGCAACCCGCAAUGGGAAGGUGUCUCAUGCGACAUCGACACCAAAACGUACCGGGUCAACAGCCUCGACCUUACCGACCUUAGCCUCCCCAAACCCUACCCUAUCCCUUCCUCCGUCGCCAACCUCCCCUACCUCAGUUUUCUCUACAUUAGUCGCAUCAACAACCUCGUCGGUCCAAUCUCCCCCUCCAUCGCAAAGCUCACCAAACUCCGUUACCUCUACAUCACCCACACCAACGUCUCUGGUCAGAUACCCCAUUUCUUGUCCCAGAUGAAAACCCUUUUGACCAUUGAUUUCUCCUACAACGCCCUAUCCGGUACCCUCCCUCCCUCCCUCUCCUCUCUCCCCAACCUCCUCGGAAUCUCCUUCGACGGCAACCACAUCUCCGGCGCCAUCCCGGACUCCUUCGGCUCCUUUCCGAAGCAUUUCACGGUGCUGACACUCUCCCGCAACCGCCUCACCGGCAAGAUUCCGGCGACGCUGGCGAAGCUGGACCUGGCGUUCGUGGACUUGUCUCAGAACAUGCUGGAAGGAGAUGCGUCGGUGCUGUUUGGGGAAAAGAAGGAAAGGCUGCAGAAGAUAAACCUGGCGAAGAACUUGCUGGCUUUCGAUUUGGGAAAAAUAAGGCUGUCGAAGUCGAAGGACUUGGGGGCUUUGGAUCUUAGGAACAACCGUAUCUACGGGAGUCUUCCGAAGGUUCUUACGUCGUUUAAGUAUCUGAAGCUUUUGAAUGUCAGCUACAAUAAUCUGUGUGGUGAGAUUCCACAAGGUGGGAAGUUGCAAAGAUUUGAUGAAUCUUGCUAUGCUCAUAACAAGUGCUUGUGCGGUUCUCCACUUCCUGCUUGCACUUAAUUACUGUCACAUUCACAAAAUAGGUAUUAUGUGUGUUUCUCCUUCAUGCUACACGUGGUUUUAAUGAGUAAUUAAUCCACGUUUAACCUGUGUUUUUAGUGUUAAUAAUGAUACCUAUUCUAAUGUGAUGCUAUCUGUGUUUCGACAUGA